CGUUCGGCUCGGGUUACCUGGGCGGGACGUGGCGCGGCUCUUCCCGUCUGGCCCGGCCUCCCCGACGGGAAGUGGGAGGGAGAAGCCGCGCUGGGGCGGCUGCAGCUAUGGAUGCUGCUGGACUGCCAAUGCCAUGCCGGCUUAUCCUCGCCCUCUGCUGCGUGGUUGCCGCGGCCGUGGCAGCAGGAGCUCUUCCACCUCCAUCCAACCUGGACUACUCAUUUAUCCAAAUCUGCACCCUGAACUGGACAUGGAAUCCCCCAGAGAAUGUCAGUAGUAGCUGCGACCUGGAGUAUUCCAGUGACAUUAUGAUUGAUCAGGUCCCUCAGGAGAAGAGGGAAUGGAGCAAGAGUCGCUUCCGUGUGACAAACGCGUUCUUGAGUGAGGAAAUGCGUUUCAAAGUGAGAAGUGAAUGCAAGGAUGGCAACAGCAGUGAGCCCAGCCAGUGGGUGGAGACCUCUCUUCUGCCAACAGGUAUUCCAGGUACUGCUGCUGUUGACUUGAGGUGUGCUUGGCACAAUUUGGAAUACAUGGUUUGUACGUGGCGUCCUGGGGAGAAGGCAAACAGCAACACCAGUUACACGUUGUACUACUGGUUUGAUGGUUUGAAAAACCAUCAGAAGUGCAACAACUAUUCUGUGGACCAAGGAAUCUUCAGAUGCAUUUUCAAUCUUAGCUUCCCGAAAGUCACCAAUACUUACCCAGAUAUAAGUAUUUUGAUCAGAACUGAUGCUGAAGAAAUUAGGCCUGUGUGUGCAAAUAAAAAUCCUACAACUCUUGUAAAACCUGCUACUCCAAGAAGAGUUACACUGUCAAAGAUUAAUGAUGGAAUAUACAUGGAAUGGAGUGUUUCCACUUCCACCUUCCCAGAAAAGUGUUUGGGUUAUGAAGUUGAAUAUCACAGUGGUGGUUUGGAUACUGCUCAGAGAAUUGAAGUUGAAAAUAAUUACGUGACAGUUCCUAGCACUGAUCCUAAUAGCAAGUAUGCCUUCAAAGUGAGAGCAAAACCAAAGCCUGAGUGUUACAGCAGCAAGCUCUAUAGUGACUGGAGUGAAGAGAAGAGUAUAGGUGAGAAGGCAGACUCUACUUUCUACUUUGUCUUAAUAGUGGCAGUUCCAGCAAUAGUAGCAGUAUCAACAAUAAUUCUACUGGUUUAUCUGAAAAGGCUUAAGAUACUUAUUUUUCCUCCAAUUCCGGACCCUAGAGAAAUUCUUAAGCGUAUGUUUGGAGAGCAGACUGAGGAUUACCAGAGCUGUGCAAAGGAUGAUUCUGUGAAUGCUAACAACAGGUUAAUUAAGGAAGAAGAAAUUCAUACUUUAAUUUUAACAGAGACUCCAGAGUGCACUAUUUCUGAAAAAGAAAACCAAACUCUGCUUUAACAGUGAAAGAUGAGGAAACUUCCAUUCUCAUAUCUCAGGUGACAAUGUAGAUGUGAAGAGAGACAUCUACCAGCUUCCACCUCUCUGGGCCCUGCUUCUCUGGUGCUCAGAAGAUACAUCACUAAGAGUGGCCAUUCCUCCAUCUCUGCUGGGAUUACUCAUCUUGGAUCAUUCAAGAUGAGCUUUUACAUAAACUUUGUGUGGCUGCAUGGGAGCAUCUCUCAUUCUCCAUCCAUCUUUGACCUAUUACUUGUCAUUUGCACUUCUGUUUGUGCCUCACGUUGGACUGUAAAUGGGAUUUUGGAGCAAACACUGUGAGUUCUCUGAAGUAUUUGGCUCUAUUUUGCAGCAGAUGAAAUGAGUGAUUAUUAGUGCUACUAAGAUCAACAGCUGCAAGGUAGGACACCAGAGCACGGACCAUUUCUGUAUGGAUUCUUUGUGUGCUUCAGGGCAGGGUGCUUUCCAGAGGGCACUUAUGGACUGAACUUGCACUUUUGGUUGAUGUUCACCAGCUGUGGUGUGGUUAAAUCCCAUAAAAGAGGACUGCAUUUUCUUUUUAAAAAGUGUAUGAAAAGCCUCUCUGUUCUCCAGGUGGUAUUCUGACUGUCCUUAGAAAAGACUUUUUGUUUUGUAUCCUUUAAAAUACUUGUCCUCAGAUGCCUUCAUGGACUUCUUCAGUUUUUUAAAAUGAGAAUGAGAUAAUUUUUUUAACUUGUGUUGUACAGUGGCAGAUAACUACAUUGAGUCUCACCAGGCUGUGAUUCUACUUUGGCCAUAUUGGCCUGAAAACAUCUGAUUUUUGGAAGCUGAGUCAUCCUGAGUCUGCCCAGAAAAACUACCAGGAUGGAUGUAUGAGUCUAAGGAACUGUGGUCAAAUGGAUCAGGAAGUGAGUGCUAAAGCACUGAAGCCAAAUUAAGUCAAUGACAAAGAUCUGUCCUUACUGCUGAGCUGAUGGAUUUGUGGGAAAAGAUGAUGACAACUUUGGUCUGCUCUCUAUGGGAAAAGCCUUAUUCUUCCUGUAGUGAUGAGGCUGUGAUUUGAGUUUCACCUCCAGGUGCUUAGCAAUUUUAAAUGAGGUAGUGACUUGAAUUUAAAAAAAAAGCAUUCUGUAUUUUACUGA